UCGUGCUGACAGGUGGCAGAGUGGAAUUGAUCGAUCGGUUGUGCAUUCCAGAAGUCGCGCGCUUUGGACUUUUAAACUGCAGCGAAAUCAUCACUAGCUUCCCUGAAACUUCGGAAGAUUUUUUCGUCUUCAGUUGGAACAACAUGGAUACAGCACCGGUUACUAACGGGAGUGUGAGAAACAGCUCGGUGAACCAGCGCGCGUUCUUCGAGCCUGACGCGCCGCUGCCUCUAGAGCCGGCCGAGCUGCGCGUUCUGAUCCCAGUGAUCCUCGGAGUCCUGUGCGUCCUGGGGCUCGCGGGGAACGUCACUGCCAUGGGCGUCCUGAUUAGCAACGCGCGCAAAGCUAAGCUCUCGCUCAUCAACGCGCUCCUACUCAACCUCCUGCUGGCCGACGGGCUCGUGCUGGCGUUUGUUGUGCCGUCCAAAGCGGCGGUGCUCUCGCGCGUCGGCUGGCCGCUGGGUUGGUUCGUGUGCAAGACGGGCGACUGGUUCGUGCAGACGUGCCUGGCAGCCAAGAGCGUGACCCUGGCGGUGAUGUCCGGCGCGUGCCACCGCUACGUCAGCAACCCCAGCCGCGUGGUGAGCGUGCGUCCUGCUCGCCUGGCGCUGCUGCUGCCGCUGCUCUGGGUGCUGUCCGGCUCCUUGGCGCUGCCCGCUGGACUCUACGCAGCACUGGUGGACCGGGAGGGGGCGGCGCGGGCGUGUGUGCGGCGGGUGCCCGUGCGGGCUCGGCACCUCAUGUGGGCGUACACACGCGUCUACCCGCUGCUGGCCUACUGCUGCCCGCUGGCGGUUGCCAUGACGCUCUUCUGCCACGCCUACUGCCAGAGCCGUCGCCGUGGGAGCAAGAGCCACAGCAACCUGCGCGCGCAGGUCAGAUCCCGCAAGCUCACGCUGACACUGCUCGGCCUGGCCCUCGCCAUGGCAACACUCUGGCUCCCGCACUGGCUCUGGUGGGCGUGGCCGCACGGUGGGCGGGGCCUGUGGCUGGCGGCCGAGCUGCUGCCCCUGGCGUCAUCGCUGGUGGACCCUGCGCUGGUGCUGGCCCUUAGCGACGAGUUCCGCCAAGGUUACCAAUCGCUAUGGAGACGGCUGACUCUGCGCCAGGCCCCGCCUCCAGCCAAGCCGAAGCCCAGCCCCCAUACGCCGACCGCACCCACCUCUCCGAGGCCCCGCCCAGAGACCUCCCUGCCGCCCGCUGAAUUACACACACUCACGGACACACACACAGACACACUCACGCAGCCCGGGGAGUCACCUGCAGACGUAGUGUUGCCCGAUGUGGAGCAGUUCUGGCACGAGAGGGAGAACACCUCACACACCGACGACAACGACCCCAUACCCUGGGAACACCCACAGCCUGUGAACUAACACACACACACACAGACAACGACCCCAUACCCUGGGAACACCCACAGCCUGUCAACUACCACACACACUGAUACACUACACACACACCUCAAUCCUCAAAGGGAUAUUAUAGGAUGUUUGUGUUUUCACGACUCAGAGAAAGACAUUGACCAGCAAUUACCUUCAUUAGAGGUUAUUAGCAUCUUAAUGAAUCUCGUAUAUGAAUUCCCUUCGUCAGAUGUGGUUCAUCUUAACUAAUCUUGAAGAAGAUUGUAGAAACCUCGAACCCUUUGCUUGUGUGUGUGUGUGCUAUCUGCAGUGGGUUUAAGUAGAAACUUGACCAGUUGGUUGUGUUGGUGUGUAUUGUACUAUUAACUAGCUUUGAGAGUGGUGUGUGUGUGUGGUGGAACAUGGUGGUGGAACAGUAGGCGGAAGUGUGUAUUUGUAUAU